AUGAAGUUUUAUGCUUCUGCAGUUAUUUUUUCCAUGUGUCUGAUGUUAGCGUUUGGUGUAUCUGAUAAUCUGUUUGUUAGAAAAUUAGAGAAUCUUAUUUCGCGAUUAGAAAAAGAUACAGAUAAACCUACGACAAAUGGUGACAUUUUCAAAAAUGGAGAAGGGAUAAAGCACACAGGCCCAGCUGUCAACGCACCACGUUCACUAAAAAUGCAUCGUAGAAGUACUGGAAGUGAUUUGUCUGUUGCAGAAAGCGACCAUAUCUUGAAUCUACACAUUGUUGCUCGACAACAGGUCCAACCUCCUGCUUCAAAUAUGGCAAACAUGCACUGGGACAAUGAGUUGGCAGCAACGGCACAAGAAUACGCCAACAAAUGUAUCUGGGGACACAAUUCGGCAAGAUCAAACCCACCUACAUCGUUCUCUUACGUCGGGGAGAACAUUUACGUUCAAACAAACACAAUGAACACAGAUGUCCUUGAAAAUGGUUUCACAGCGUGGGACGACGAGAAAAAUGGGUUUCAUUACGAUACAAAUACUUGUUCUAACGCGCCCUGUGGACAUUACACACAAAUAAUCUGGGCAGAGAGUACUGCAUUAGGAUGCGGAGUUUCACAUUGUCCCUCCAUGGCCAACCUACCGGACUACAGCUUCAUUGAUUAUUGGGAAUUUUUAGUGUGUAAUUAUGGACCAGGAGGUAAUGUAAAUGGGAGAUUGCCGUACGUUGAGUCCUCAUCAGGCAGUAGCGAUGGAGCUGGCGGAGAAUCUGCAAUAAGUAAUGGAUGCCGGAAAUGA